CCGGCCCGCCCAUUGGCGGGCGCAAGAGGCCCGGCUUAUAAAGGCUCCGGCCGGCUGUCCCUGGACUGCUCUACUGUAUCACCCCGCCACGCGCCCUUUGAGUUUCGCGCAGGCUGCGCGCUCCUGAGCCCCUCCUGGCUGACCAGCUCCAGCAGAGGGUGGCCCAGAUCCCGCACCUGCCUCCUGAUGUGGUGCCUGGAGCGGCUCGGCUUAGGUCCCGAGUGCCUCCUACGGGGCGGGAACGGACGUCUCCAGGGUCGGGCCAGACGAACCACUGCCAACGCGCCCGCCAAGUGUGCAAACGUGCUCACCCCAGACCGCAUCCCAGAUUUCUGCAUCCCCCCGCGAUUCGCGCCCUGCCCCGUGCUGGCUGCACACCGGGACUCCUGGGUUAAAAAAGCAGGAACUGACGCCGCCGCGGGGCGCACGGACUGGGACCCGCGCUCGCAGGCCGCGCUCUCGCUGCCUCACCUGCCCCGCGCGCGCACCACCUACGGCUUCUGCGCGCUGCUCGAGAGCCCGCACACCCGCCGCAAGGAGUCGCUCUUCCUCGGGGGCCCCGGGGCCGCCGCGCUCCUGCAGCCGCCCGUGCUCCGCCCGCGGGCCCACACCUACGGCGGCGGCGGAGACGCCCCCCUCUGGUCCCGUGGUGUCCGCUUCACCGCACCCGCGGCAUCCGGCGGCUCCCGCCCGCCCCGGAACACGUUCGCCCUGCGGCCCCGCGGCCACCGCCUCCUGCGCGCCCCCGAAGGGCUGCUGAGCCGCGCGCUGCAGGCCCGGAGGAGUCGCGGCCUGGCCCGCGCCCGCUCGGUGUCCAGCGGGGACCUGGACGAGGAACGCCGCGCCAGCUCGGGGUCCCCGGCCCGGACCUGCUCCGCGUCCCCUCCGUCGGACGCCGGCCCGCGGCCCGAGCUCCUGGAGGCCGAGGGCACCGUGGCUCUGGGUCGCGCCGGCGGCGCCCUGCGCCUGGCCGCCGAGUACAGUCCGGCCAGCGGGCGCCUCCGCCUCCGGCUGCUCCGCCCCGAGGACCCGGCCGGAGCAGCCUCCGAUCCCUGCGCCGUGGGCUGCCGCGUCAGCCUGGUCCUGCCGCCGCCCGGCAAGACGCGCCAGCAGCGCAGCGCCGUGGUCCGGCGGAGCCGCAAGGCCGUCUUCGACCAGGACUUCUGCUUCGAGGGGCUGUCGGAGGACGAGGUGCGCCGCCUGGCCGUGCGCGUCAAGGCCGAGGACAAGGGCCGCGGCCUGAAGCGGGGCCGCCUGCUGGGCCAGGGCGAGCUGCUGCUGGGCUCCCUGCUGCUGCUCUGAGGGCGCCCGGGCCUCAGGCCCUGCCCGCGGGCGCUUGCUGCCCGCUGGGGACUCUAGGACACUUCACAGCCGUUUUGUACAAAAUAAACGUGUAUUUAUUCUUCUA